AGGAUGCCACAGACGCCUCCCUUUGCAGCUAUGUUUGACAGCAGCGGCUACAACAGGAACCCGUAUCAGCCAAAAGAGGACAACUGUGGAGGGCUCUAUUACCAUGACAACAACCUCCUGUCGGGGUCUCUGGAAGCUCUGAUCCAGCACUUGGUACCCAAUGUAGAUUACUAUCCCGACAGGACAUACAUCUUCACCUUCCUUCUCAGUUCACGCCUGUUCAUGCAUCCGUAUGAGCUCAUGGCCAAAGUCUGCCAUCUGUGUAUUGAGCAGCAGAGACUAAGUGAGCCUGGCCUGGACAAGAACCGGAUACGAAAAAUUGCACCCAAAAUCCUACAGCUGUUGACUGAAUGGACAGAGACAUUUCCUUAUGAUUUCCGAGAUGAAAGAAUGAUGAGGAACUUAAAGGAGUUGGCACAAAGAAUAGCCAGUGGUGAUGAGAUGUAUCGGAAGAAUGUACAGCAGCUCCUCCAGAACCUGAUUCGGAAGCUCGCCACUGUUAGCCAGUAUGAGGAAGUACUUGCAAAAAUUAAUGGCGCGUCCACAGAUCGCCUCACAGUUCUAAAGACCAAGCCCCAGUCCAUCCAGAGGGACAUAAUCACAGUCUGCAAUGAUCCCUACGCGUUAGCUCAGCAGCUGACACACAUAGAGCUUGAAAGACUCAAUUAUAUUGGACCAGAAGAAUUUGUCCAGGCGUUUGUGCAAAAGGAUCCUUUGGAUAAUGACAAGAGCUGCUAUGGAGAUCGAAAGAAGACCCGGAAUCUGGAAGCCUAUGUGGAAUGGUUUAACAGGCUCAGUUACUUGGUUGCAACAGAAAUCUGUAUGCCUGUGAAGAAGAAGCACAGAGCAAGAGUGAUAGAAUAUUUCAUUGAUGUGGCACGGGAAUGUUUUAACAUUGGCAACUUUAACUCCUUGAUGGCUAUUAUUUCUGGCAUGAAUAUGAGUCCUGUGUCUCGGUUAAAGAAAACUUGGGCAAAAGUGAAGACAGCCAAAUUUGAUAUUCUUGAGCAUCAGAUGGACCCUUCUAGCAAUUUUUAUAAUUACCGAACUGCUCUGCGUGGAGCCGCUCAAAGGUCCUUGACAGCUCACAGCAACAGAGAGAAGAUCGUAAUACCUUUCUUCAGCCUCUUGAUCAAAGAUAUUUACUUCCUCAAUGAAGGUUGUGCCAAUCGUCUUCCAAACGGUCAUGUCAAUUUUGAAAAAUUUUGGGAAUUGGCAAAACAAGUCAGUGAAUUUAUGACAUGGAAGCAAGUGGAGUGUCCUUUUGAAAGGGAUCGGAAGAUUCUGCAGUACUUGCUCACAGUCCCAGUCUUCAGUGAUGAUGCACUUUACUUGGCUUCCUAUGAGAGCGAAAGUCCCGAGAAUCACAUUGAAAAGGACAGAUGGAAGACACUAAGGUCAGCGCUUCUGGGCAGAGUCUAG